GUAUCACGGUUUCUUUGUGUGAACACAUAAUUAGGCUAAUUAGCAUCGCACAGACAGCAGGUCACAGUUUAACACCGGCGGUAGGUGGAUGCUAUAAACCACCGCCCCCUACAGCACAUCUCACACACACACCUUUUCUCUUCCUCGCGCAGCACGUACUCUGGUUGAUUUCACUUUUCGUUACACGCACACACACCCCUCCUCUCUGAACCACCCUGAUAUCCAGGAGACUCCAUCCAUCCCAGCUCACUGCGCUGGCGCAAGGCUACACCAGCCCCACCGCUUUCUGUUUUUUCCCUCCCUCAGCUUUCACUGGACAUAAAUCAUAUGAUCGGGCUUUUAAACGGAGCACGUCUAGAAACCAUCUGCGCUCUGGAGAUGUUUGGUCACCUCUGACAGGUUUGUGUUUUUUCCCACCUGGGAGUGAGGUUACCACGAUGCACAAUCCAGCGACGUGAUGACGACGAGGCAAGCGCUGGAUUAAAAAAGAAAGGGACGGAAACAAAGGUGUAACUACAGACGUGCAGGACCGGACCACGAACACGGGCUUCUCUUUCUGUCAGCAUGGCUGUGAACAUGAUGCCCGCCCCCGGCCUUUGGCCUGUGGAAGAACAACCAUCGCUUCUGGACCAAGACGGCUCCCUGUCGAGCCAGGCCCCUGUCUCUGAGCUGUGCCUGCCAGUCAGAGGCGAAGAGCUCAUCCACAGCUGCAGCAGCAGCCCGGCUGGCACCAGGCCCACCCGCAGCAAAUCCAAAGGAGAGCUCGUCAUAGUCAUCAACGAGAAGCUGAAGAACGGUAACGGGAUCCACUCAGUGUCCGAGGAGAAGAGCACCUCUCCAGUCGUCUCCUCUCCUCCCAGAAGGCAGCACUCCAUCUCUUACCCUCAUCACGGCAAGACCAGGAAGGGGAGCAGGGCGAGCUCCAUCGGCUACACAGCCUUCUCGCCCAGGCCGUCGCUUUCUCGCCACUCCAGCAUCGCCACCAACCCACCAUUGGACCGCUCCAAAGUCAAAGACUACCUCCUCCUCUCCGUGCUGGCCUGCUUCUGCCCAGUCUGGCCCAUCAACAUUGUUGGAUUUGUCUACUCCAUCAUGUCCAAGAACAGUCUGGAGCAGGGAAAUCUGGACGGCGCCGUGCGUCUGGGACGCGUGGCCAAGAUGCUCUCCAUGGUCUCACUAGUAGGAGGGACGAUCAUUAUCAUCGCCUGCAUUGUCAACCUGGCCAUAAAUGUGAAACCCUGAGUUUCAUCCCAGGAUGAAACCGGAUAAGGCAACAGACCGUCUGGCCCCGCACCUGCACCACCAUCUUUACCUGCCUAGUCAUUACCUGGAUGUGUGACAAAUGUGCCCCACACCCCCUUGCCCCCCACCUCCCCGCGAUAUACAGCGCUUACUUAUAUUUCUGUAAUCGAUAUAAAUCCCCCUCCUGCCCCCCUGUUUUCUUUUCUUUUCUUCUUUGCUAAUGGAAGAGAAUAAAAUAUGCAAAUGCUGCUACUCUAAAUCUGGGGAGGGUGUGAGGGGAGGGGUCCAUGGGACGUUAGAUUGGAGAGAAGGGAACAGACAGACUUUAAUCAGUCCCUUCGUAUUCCGGCCAACACGUUUGGAAUGAUUUCCAACACAGAGACACUCGAACUCUUGAAGAGAUCUCAUCACAAGCCUCCAAACUGGUGGACUAGAGCGCAGCGGAGGGAUCGCCUCUCAACUUCCCAACAAAAAAUGACCUCUCUGGUUAAAUCCCCCUCAAACGCACAGAGAGGCUCCGGGAUUUUGUGUUGCGCACAUGAACUCACACGCGCAGCAGAGAGGAAACCCUUUGAAUCCCAGUUAUGUCCUCUUGUUUCAGACUGUCUCUUGCUCCGUGGCUCAAAAUGACUCCAUGAUAUCUUGUGUUUGAGCGUACGGGCCGACUAAAAGGAGGAUGAAAGCGGGGCUUACCAAGCCGUGGGUGCUAAAACGGAAAAGGGGAUUACGGAGGCACAGUCGACACAGCGAGGAGGAAAUAUGUGCCAAAUAAAAGAAUUUAGAGCAAGGGGAUAAAAAAAAAAGUUUCUUGCUUUGCAAAGACCUCACUUCUCACCAGUUGAUGUGGAGGGAAGCAUCGAGAUGUGCUUUUGCUCUGUGCAACUAUACUGUGUAUCUGCUCGACACCUGCAACCACUGUGAGCUGGAGAAAGGAGGGAAAAAGUCACGCUGUAGUGAUUAAAGCUUAAACAAAACAAAACACACAGACUUUACAGGGAAGUCAGUGAUGCCGCACCAUCUGUCUUUUGAUAAUCUUUGUAAGGGAUUGAUUUUGAAACUCUGGAAGUGCUGCGCCGCAGCGGAGCGGCAGCUGUAAGGCAGUGCGGGCAUCACUAUUUGGUUAACAAAUUAAAUAGCUUGUGAUUGUUUAGUCAAAGAUGCGGCUGUAGCCUCAGGUAGCCCGAGCUUUGAAAGCAGACAGAUUGUUCUUAUAUUAUACUUAAAAAAAAAGAAAAAGAAAAAAAAUACCCUCCGUAGUUGAGUCCCACCUGGAUGAGUCAGCACCUUUUCGUUGUAGGUGUUUGUGAAACACUAGAUCAGACAUGGGUGGGGGCUCUGAAGUAGCAGUGUCGUAGCAUUUUAGUGUGAAGAACAUCAUUUUAAAAGCCGGGUUUGUUAUCGUUGUUCUAAUAUCUCCUGUGUAUCCUUCGCUAACCUCUAAUCUUUAUCUACUUGUGGUUUUCACUGUGAUUUAAUCGAUAAAGUGAUUAAAAACUUUAUUUUGCUGUGUCCCAGAUUUUCCAAUGCCGCGACUUCAAGGGUCUCAUCAUGAGUUCUGGCCCUGCAGAUAGUUUUCUGUCGAGACAACUGCGGCAUAUAUAUACACCCCAUCCCCACCCCCCUUUGUUAACAAUGUAAAUUUACUGAUUGUAAUCUACAGUUGAUGUACUCUGCAGAUAUUGUGCUAAUCCUCCAGUGGAUAUGAGUUACCUUUACGUAAUUAAGAUCUGAUGUAGGCGCUGAAGCUGUUGGAUACCCUCCAGACAGCCACUGUAUUCCCACCAGGCUUCUAUGAUCUUUGUGGUUAUUGGCAUGUUCUGUUUUCUUUUUGUUUAUUUAUUUAUUUUUUGUAAUGUAUGAUGAUGGAAGUUUCAAAUUGCAAAGAUAAGCUGACACUUGGAAUAUUAUACUUCUGCAGCACAUUUAUAAUAAAGACACAAUGCAUGUGA